GCACACACAUACAUACCUACACAUACACACUACCUUGGUUGUCGUCGAAAUCUAUGUUGAUCUUCCUUGACAAGGCGCGAAGCCGCAGGCUGGCAAAAAACCACCUUUUCUCAUAAUUUUCUUUUUCUUUUUCUCUACAAAAAUCAUUUGCCAAACCCGGUUUUUUUUAAUCGAGCCGGUGAGCCGCCGCCGCCGAUUUGCUUAGCCGCUGAGCCGGUGAAUUUCAAGUAGCCGGUCCAAUGGAGCCGCCGCCGUUGCCCGAAAACGUCCCUCAGAAUUCCAAGAAGCGAUUGCUUCCGCGUAGCACUUCUCCGUGUAUGGAUUCCGACGACGUCGUCGAGAUUCCGCCUCCGAGUCAUCGGACUCCGAAGUUGCAAAAAAACAAAGAGGUUAUUCUGCAUGAUGUGAUUGAAAUUGACAAAGAUGAAGAUUCUGUUGCUGCAAUGCUUAUUGAUGAGAGAGUUGAUAGAAGUGUUAAAGGGAAGGGAAUACAAAACUCUUCUGAUGCUUACCAUGAUCAUCAAGCUAAGUAUUUUCAGGAACCUACGGUCAAUAAUUUAUUUGGCCCUUCUGGUAUCGAAUUCCUUGGAUCAGGGCACGGGAUUGAAGCUACAAAGAGUUUUGCCCCAGCUAACUUAAUCAAUUUAGAUGGUCCCAUUUCUGAUGUAUCAUAUGACGAUGAUGACUACACUGAUUAUUAUCUUGAUGAGUUUAUGGAUGUUGACGAGUAUGCCCUAUUGCAAGCGCAUUUUGAUAAUGCGGAUAUUCCUCCUGGAAUAGAGGCACCUGUCCCUUGGUUUUCGGAUCCUCCUAAUAGUAAAGUAAAUUCAGUUUCUGGAAGUAGUUCUGUCAACCAGAGUGGCCAAAUUGAACCAGAUGAUGUUGGUCUUCAAGGGAACAACUCACCUCUGUCUCCUUGGUCACUGAAGACCCAAAUUGACAAUAUUCCUCACCCACCUCUAUCACCACCCUGGAAACUAUCAAAAGCUGCCAGAAGUAAAAAGAAACAACCUGCUUUGCAACACCAAGGGAGUGCUCCUAAUCUCCCAGUUGGAGUAGAAUCAUCAAAAUCUCAAUGGCUUUUAGGACCUUUCCAGCGUAAAAAGAAGCCAUCUUCUUCAAGUAGUUCAACAAAUUAUAAUUCUGUAAAUCAAUUUGAUGCAAUGAAGCUCGUUUCUGGAUCUGAGGCAUCUUCUAUGGCAUAUUUUCGUGAAGUUUUAAAGAAAAAAGCUUCAAGUACUUCUUAUAAUCCUCCUGCAGUACCACCACCCAUUCCUUGGUGGCCGGAUCCUUUUUCCAAAUCCAAUACUAUGCCAUCUAAUUCAAGUUUUUAUGAUCCAUUGGGUUCGAUAUAUCCUCCUGGAGAAGUAGCAGGUGUUCCUUGGGUUUUUAAUCCCAAAACUCAAAAUAAUGUUGUUCCAGUAGGUGUUUCAACAACCCCCACGAGGAAACUUUCUAGCAUGGACAUAGAUGAAUUUAUAGAGAAGUUUAAGGGUUUCAAACAAUUUGAUACAAUUGAAGAUCAUUCAGACCAUCACUAUACUAGCCGUGGUUCUUCAACGAAGCAGCCACCAAAGAAUUGGGCAAAGAGAAUUCAGGAAGAGUGGAAGAUCCUGGAAAAGGAUUUGCCUGAUACUAUAUUUGUUAGAGUUUAUGAGACAAGAAUGGAUCUUUUGAGAGCCGUUAUUGUUGGGGCAGAGGGUACUCCCUACCAUGAUGGUCUCUUCUUCUUUGAUGUUUUCUUCCCCAGUGGCUAUCCCAAUGCACCACCGAAUGUCUACUACCACUCUGGUGGCCUUCGAUUAAAUCCAAAUUUGUACAACUGUGGAAAAGUAUGCCUCAGCCUUCUUAACACCUGGACUGGGAACAAAAAUGAGAAGUGGCUCCCAGGUGUGUCCACCAUGCUACAAGUUUUGGUCUCUAUACAAGGACUGAUCUUGAAUACAAAGCCCUACUUUAAUGAGCCUGGAUAUGCACGUAUGAAUGGUUCAGCAGCUGGUGAAAAGAGGUCCCUUGAGUACAAUGAGGAUACAUUCAUCCUAUCUUUAAGGACAAUGGUGUACAUCAUGAGGAGGCCUCCAAAGAAUUUUGAGGAUUUUGUUCUGGGGCAUUUCUAUAGUCGUGCUCGUGACAUUCUGGUGGCUUGCAAAGCAUACAUGGAUGGUGCUCAAGUGGGGUGUCUGGUCAAAGGUGGAGUUCAAGACGUUGAUGAGGGUGACAAGAGUUGCUCACAGAAGUUCAAGGAUUCUUUAGCCGGGUAUGUACCUAUGAUUGUCACAGAGUUUACAAGAAUCGGGGCCAAGGACUGUGAGAAUUUCUUACCACCAGCAGUCGUUGGGAACAAUCAGAUUGCUAGUAUGCCUCAGGCUGCAACGUCAAUGGUUUUAUGUUGAUAAAUUGAUGCGAGACUUGACUCUUUGCCAUAUAUCUAAGAGGAGGUGAGACUUAGGUUUCCUUUGACCUACAAAUAUAUAUAACUUUUUCUUCUGGUCGAAAAGUUUAGACUUCAUUCUAGAGCGGCUUUUCAUUAUUAUAACCAUCUGUCUGCGUAAAUAUGUUUUUGGAUGUUGUAUAUAGGAUGCCAGUAUGGAUGGGAUUGCUUAGACUAAGUUCAGUUUUAUACUAUUGGAAUUUUAGUACUGAAAUUUCUAUUCUGCAGCUCAGUGCGGAAUAUAUAUUUUUUUAUUUCUGAAAUUGUAAAGUUGAUAAACCGCCCUGAAUUUGAGUAGACCAUUCGGUAACUAAUUAUAGAAGCAGAAAACCCAGAUGUUCAAGCAUUA